GUCGGCGGCUUACAUGAAUCCUGUUUUGGGGGGUGUGAGGCAACUGACUCGCGGUAGCCCUGGUUGUAAAUUGCUGUUUUGCCUGUGAUGUGAAUGAACUUCAGCGUGAAAACUGUUGUUAUUGUGUUGAUACUAAGUGGACUCAACUCGACCCUGACUAGAAUUGCUGCUUCGAAACCUGACAUGUGACUGUCAACUUUAUUUUUAGAGGUGGCUUGAUGGGUCCAAUUGUGUCAUCAUGGAUGCCGUAGUAGCGGUAGCCAUCAGUGUGCUAGCUGUGGUGUUUGUGAGCUCCCUGGUUGCCCUGAUCGUGGUGUGCCGGCAUCGAUAUUGCUCUAACAAAGACCACCUCAGCCGUCAGCUACAGGACUCUCGGCCUGAUGUGCACCUGAUCCACAGUCAAAAUGAGGCAGCUGAUAUGGAGCUCGAUGAUGUCCGCUUGCACCCAGACAUUGAGAAGAUUCUGGCAGAUGAGCAGUGGGUAGACGAUGCCACGGGAUUGGUGCCCCACUGCCUGGCUGUUCUCAAGACGUGCCACCAGUUGACCGAGCGCCUGGUGACUGCCUCUGUGGGAUCGGUGCGGCGUCCGGCAACCCAAGCGCAGCUAGCCGAGCUAGCGCAGCUUGCCCAGAGAGUUGGACCACGUGUGGAUGAUGUGGUGCGCGCCAUGUAUCCACCCCUGGAUGCCAGGCUGCUGGAAGCACGUUGUACUGCCCUGAUGCUUUCUGUUGUACACCUGACAUUGGUGAUGCGUUCCUUCUGUGGCCAGCCCAGCAACCCUGGCUGGAUUGAUGAGUACUUGGCACAUGCUGAAGGACACCUUCAGGUUCUUCGUGAAGCUGGCCUAGCUGCAGACACCACAAGCCAGCAGAUGCCGUCAACUGGUGAUGGCUCUCUGCAGCAGCAAAUGGCAACUGGCAAUGUCUCCGCGUGGAAGCCGAGUGUUGACCGCCACGUAUCGGCGUGAAGUUGGUGACUGACCUCGACUAUUUUGCUGAGCUUAGGCUGACCACCUCCCUCUGUAAUGGUUGAUUCUGUGACUUCGCUCACUACUGGCAGUGAGCCACACAGCAGAACAUCUUUGGGUCACAUAUCUCUGAGCCUUAGGAAGAAGUCUCUAAACAGAUACUGCCUCCGUGCCUGUGCUAAAGUGACCACUAGCAUUAUUUUGUUGCCAGUUUAGCAGAUUUCUUCCUAGAUUUAGCAGGCUUAUUCAACUGCAAAAAGUGCAAUUUCCAUAUAUGCUUAGUUUUUUCGGUGAUUUGGAGCAACAUUUUUCUUGUCUCAUCUUUUUAGACGAUUCGCAACACUAUUGGAUCGAUUGCCCCAGUUUCAGCAAAAUGGUGUUUUACAAUUGUGGUGCCUUUCUUUGAUGUUAUGGUUGACAGUAACCAUGCUCCUUGCAAGGAAGCAGAAAUAGUGCCUCAUAUCUCUAUGCAAUCUUUCUCGUUCUGUGUGUAUAUGUGACUAUAUGUGGUUCAGACAGUGCUACAAAAUAACUGUUCAUGCAGCUCUUCUGUCGUAUUUUGUGUCAUAAAACAUGAAGAACUUUCAGUAUGUUAUUCAGUAAGCGAUUUGCUGUUACUGUAAACAUAGAGUUUUGGAUUCGGCUUGCAUUUGUCUCAGUGCAAGCUUCGAGACCUCAGAAAUGCCUAUUUACUGUGUUUUCAACUCUUCCUUGUCAAGAUACUUUUGCAGCAAAUUUUCAUAGAUUUUAGAUUUUUUAGUGCAUUUGAGCAGCAUUUGAAGGCUGUUUUGUGGCAGUCGGCACUCACUGACCGGCUCGACAAAUGGGCACAGAAGUCGUAGAAAAACUGUACACUGCCACCCUACUGUUAUCAAUCUUUUCCCCCUCUAUGUUACCCUGAAAUGCCCUGGCAAAAUGGGCAGCAGUAGGGUGAGCUGUGAGCAUCUCAAGAGCAAAAAUGUGAUGUGAGUAAAAGCCUUCGCCAUUGUGAAGCCUCGUGAACUUCAUUCUUGGCGCACUUCAUCUGGUUGUGACCAACAAAAUAUACGAGUCCUGUGGUUUAUGUUCUUGCUCUUUACUAUUGUGGAAAGUUAUUCUGUAUACAUUAGAACCCAAGCGAUGUUUUCAUGACUGUCCUACUGGCUGCUAUCUUGCCUUUAUGCAGACCCGGUGAAAAGCCCAUAUGUUACUCACAUUUGUUGUAUUUCUACUCAACUGUCACAUUCCGCUAUCACAUUCCUUUAUAUUACAUGGCACUUUCAGUGAAAUGGUAACAUACUUUGCAAUGCAAAUUGUUUACUUUGCAAACAUUGUUCACGUGGUGGAGAAUAGUAUACCUCUUUUAUACAGCUGUGCUUUCUUCCCGAGGACAUGUCAUUCCCACCAUCAAGCAGCUAACCGUGGCAUAUCAUUGUGAUCCUCAUCUGCAGCUACCGGCUAUCCGACUGCAAAUAUAUACACAGAAAUGCGUCAAGCAUACAUCGGCUGCCGAUCCUGAUAGCCACAAUUGCGUCUCCUGUAAAGGUUUUUCAAGUCAAGUUGACCGCAGUACAUAAGUGUCAUGCGGUGAGGCAUGCUAGGAGUGCAAAGGGUCCACUGCUGUGAUGGGACAUUUCGUUCCUAAAUUACAGACGCAUGCACAUGCAGUAUACUUGAGAGUACCAGUAUGGUCGCAGAUGUCUAAAAACUUUAGUGGCAAAUAUUGAGAGCUGUCUGUGGCGUUGCUGCAGCCUUGAGAAAGAAUAAGUAAAAACGUAUGCUAGUUUUCCUUUGUCGCCUUGCUGCCUUUGCUAUUACUUGCUGCCUCCCUUUAAAGUCUGCUAACAAGAAAAUUAGACAGCUGCCAGUCUUGCGUCUUUGCCAAGAUUGCUUCAAUACUAGCCAUUUAUAACCAUUACCCAAUAACCAAUAUACUACCCAUUUAUAUAACCAGUUCAGCUGAAGUUAAGUUUCCUUGCAAUUCUGUUUAACACUUUUCAUAAUUCUUGCACUGCAGUGCACCAUUGGCAGUGCUUUACAACUUUCAUUGUGUAGCCAAACUGUCUAUGGUAAGAGUCCUUGGCACUCAUCUCUCUUCUCUGGCACCUAUUACUGUAAACUCUGCUCUGCUAUGGGAUGUUGAAGGCCAUCAGUGAAUCAGACUGUGUUCAUUUGUUUCAUGUGGCUACUAUGGUCCUUGUGGUGCAUCCUAUAAAGCCCUACAGCAUUUAAGCUACAAAUACACUUUGUGCUUCACUUGACUUUGGUCCAACAUUUCACUGUCUGACAGGUGCUUAUCAACACUUUGCAGAGCUAUCCUGAGGGUUACUAUAAUCCUGACACUUUGAAAAGAGAUUCUGUUCCAUGGCAGCGGCUCAAGCUGUGUGCCACUAGUUGAUGUUAUGAUGCAACUGUGCCUGUUAACUGUGACGUGAUUUGUGAGAGCGUAUUGAGAUUAUGAAAAAGUGACAGUAUGUUAGGUGAAAAGACUACAAUCAUUAGUUUGCUUAGUUGAGAUUUGUGGAGGAGACUUGGCUGUCGUUGCAUAGAUGUGUUAAGGGCUGUGCUACCUGAAUGGUCUGUAGAAUAAAUAGCACUCAUCUUUGCACAUACUGGUGCUAAGCAUACGGCAAUAGAGCAUGAGGAGCAUGUUAAACUUUUAUACAGGUUAACUUCGAUAUAUCGAACUAUAUUAUAUAACAAAGUAAACUUAAAAUGUUUUUCACUUACGUUGGCAUAUAACGAAUGUAUGCUGUGACGAUUAUUGGGUAUAACCAAGUAUUUCCAUAUGAAGCGCAUAUUCAUUAUAACUAUAUUUGACUGUAUUUUAAUGCUCCUGUACUGCACAUCUCGUUUCACAAGCUAUCAUCACCUCCUUAAAUGGUUCUAAAUGUUUCUUUUUUCUAAAUGAAAUUAUCUACUCUUACAAGAAAAGUACAAAUGACAGAUCUGAUAGGGUGUUGCAGGCACCACGUGUGUAUACUGGUGAUAUUUUGUACAUGUUUUUGGAGUGUGAGAAGUUUGUUUGCUGAAAAUGUGCAACUAUAUUUGUCUGACUUUGACAGAUGCUGCCACCAAUGUGCCCACUGUUUACUGUGAAGCCAGGGUGGCAUCCUUUAGUGGAUAGAUAUUCUCAGCAACCUACUUUCCCUGCUAUUUCUUAGCAGGGAUCUGUACAGUUUUGCUUUCCAAGCUUCACCAGCAUUCUUACGAAGAUGAUUUGUUCCCUCACAUGUACUUUGUUGAGAUGCCAUUGUUUGAGAUGGCCAAAAAUGUCAGGCUUUCUUCGGUUUCAGAACACAAUAGAUAUUGGGAAGGCCCUAAUCACAAGUGUGACAUUAAGCAAAAUCGGCAGCUUUCGCAUAUGAGUAUAGCAAGUAAGUUGCAUAAACUGGCGGUGAAUGCUAGUCCAUCGUCAGCUGAAAAGAUGGACCUUACUUUUCAAAGAAAAUUCAACCGGAAAGCUGUUUAUGCCUUGUGCAUACAAGUGCAAAUGAAUAAGUGAUUAAAUGUUUUAGUCAAGACUUAAAAAAAAAAGCAACUUUUGUAAAGAGAUCAGUAAACAAAAGCAAACAUAGCUUCAGUGGUAUCUAGGGCAUCCUACAACACAGCUGUCACUGACGUAACGCCAGUAUGCUUGAAAUCAAUUAAGGUUGUCCAUUUAAUGCGUCUUCUUUCUUUUUUGAAGGAAAGAAGUGGAAAUUUUAAGGGCUCAUUUUUAUUUGUUAUACACAGUAUUAAUGAGCACUAACAGACAAUAAUGCCAAGGGA